UCCUCUCUCAAGAGCCUCAGACAAGGGCUGCACCAGAGCUUGCUCAAGCCAGCCUCAGCUGUUAAUCUUGUGCCAGAAUCACUGGUGCAUCAAAAGCCCUGAUCAUUAUCAGCUCAAUGCUGUCAAUUUUGCUGGUAUUCUGCUGGCUCUACUCCACUGGAGUUCAGUGGACAGGUGUUCUAGCUCAGCCUGCUCAGCAUGCCGAACGGCAAGUGGGCCAUAUCUCGCCACCUAUACCUCGAGCUCCGGAUCCUAGUCCGAUGAUAGGUGUCAUUUUAACUUCCUCGCUUGCUACAACCUCCUCUACCUCGUCCUCAUCCACCUCUUCGCAUGUCAUGACGUCAACGGCCGGCAUAGCAUCCCCUUCAUCAACCCCAACCCUGUUCUCCAUAAAUGCCGUCAAGAAUAUGACGACAUGCGCCCCAGGUGUCAUCACCUGGACCUAUAACGGUUCAUCAGCCAAUAUCUUGCUCUUUAUCUCGAAUAUCAAUGUUGCCGAUCCCUAUACACAGGGUGGUCGCACCCGCCGCCAAAAUACCGCUGGGCAGAGCGUCUCCUUGGUUUUAGCAAACAUUAGUGCCACCUUAAACUCCUGGACAUGGUCUCAAGUGACUCAGCCACAGGGCUGGUAUACAAUACAGGGCUCUGUAGCUUCGCUCGGUGCCUCUUCUGAUCCGUUCUUUAUUAGCAACGGAACCGACACAGCUUGCUUGCUCUCGUCCUCGUCCACAUCGCCAGAACCCACUAGCACAGCAUCACCGACCCCAGUGGAAGCUUACUCAACGACGCCCAGUACUGGCGAAAUCGUGGGGAUCGUGGUCGGUAGUCUAGCAGGGCUGGUGAUUCCUGCCUUGGCUAUCGCAUAUUACCUUCGCCGCCGACGUCGCCCUGCAAUUCGUAGCCGCAAGCCGAAGGUGCAGAACGUGGGAAGGUGGAGUUCGUUGAAAUCCAAUGACUCAGCUGCCAGGUCACUAGCAGAAGGCAAUGCUGGCUUUACCCACUCCCACGGUCAUUCGGAGUCGACGGGCGAAAUACUCACUGUCGCAGACAGUGGCAAAGCCUCAGAGACCACAACGCCGCUUGGUUCAGACGAAUAUCAUGGGGAGGAGAAAGUAGUACACCCUCAAUCACCCACGGGAAUGAUCCCUUUGGACGAUAUUGACACCCCCUUGUCGCGUCAUGAUCGCCGCAUAUCUGCUUAUUCCAUUCAAGAUCCAUCAUUCCGUGGUGACGCUGGUCGCACCCGUGCCACCUCCUCACGCCAUUCCAAACAAGGCCUCGAGCUGCAAGCAGCUAGAAUACGCUCAUCCAUGGAAAGCUCCAUGUACCUGCGUACCGAGCGCUUUUCAUUGCCAGCCAUAGCUGCCCCCACUCCGCAUACACCCACAUCUCCUAGUCGAGGACGAGACGAGUAUCCACCUUCCCCUAUAGCUGCCUCGCUCAGGCGCUCGCCUUCAGCAGGUGCUGCGUCUGCUCGCCGCAGUUCUCGCAAACCUGUGCCGCACUAUGAUGCCUCAGAGUUUCGCGACGACUUACGUGGUGCCGCAGAUAACCAGUCAACAAUUACCGUUGGUGAAUCGUCCCAUUCACACGGCACAGAAUCGCUGCCUCCCCUACAUGGCGUGUCAGGGCUGUCUCAUAACCGCAUGCAUUAUCUAAUCCCUGACAUGCCCCCGCCAAGGAACGAGUAGGCUGUGCCUCUCACUGGCAUGCAUGCAUCAAUCUUUCAUGUUCCAUGUAUAUUGAAUUUACAUAUGCUCGGCGGACACACGCAUUGCCUAUCUAUCACAUGUUGCGCAGGAUAU